UUCUCGUUCCUUCGCUCUUCCUCCAAGCUCUAGGUCCCACGUCUCACACGAGGUCUCACCGGUAACUUCUAACAAUGGGUUUUGGUGAUCUUAAAACGCCCGCUGGCCUCAAAGUAUUGAAUGAUUUUCUGGCAGAUAAAAGUUAUAUCGAGGGGUACGUACCUUCUCAGGCAGAUGUUGCUGUGUUCGAUGCCCUGUCCGGUGCUCCCCCAGCUGACCUUUGCCAUGCCUUGCGGUGGUACAACCACAUCAAAUCAUACCAGAAAGAGAAGGCCAGCCUUCCAGGUGUAAAGAAACCUCUCGGUCAGUACGGCCCUGCUGGUGUGCAGGACACAACCAAAGCAGCUCCUGCAGCGGCAGAUGAAGACGAUGACGACGACAUAGAUCUGUUUGGUUCAGAUGAGGAAGAGGAUGAGGAGACCACACGGAUCAAGGAGGAGAGACUAGCAGCUUACAAUGCAAAGAAGUCUAAAAAGCCUGCCCUCAUCGCCAAGUCUUCUAUUUUGUUGGACGUCAAGCCCUGGGAUGAUGAAACCGACAUGUCCAAGCUUGAGGAGUGUGUCCGCAGCAUUCAGUUGGAUGGUCUCGUCUGGGGUCAAUCUAAACUGUUACCGGUUGGCUAUGGCAUAAAAAAACUGCAGAUUGCUUGCGUGGUGGAAGAUGACAAAGUUGGAACAGAUCAGCUAGAAGAACUGAUCACAGCUUUUGAGGACUAUGUGCAGUCCAUGGACGUGGCAGCCUUCAACAAGAUUUAAGACCCCACAGCAAAAAGCAUUAACCCAAUAAAGGCACUUCACAUUCA